UCUCACAAGAUAAGCAGGAGUUCACCGAUGAACUUGACAAAGGUUCUUUUUUCAGUCUUCCUCUUUCACUUAGCGCUAGCCAGAUUCAAUGGAAGAAUGCCCAAACGUAUAUUGCCCGUUCUGCGGUGUCAUUCUCCUAGCAGACCGCGCAGACGAAUUGGUUUCUCCGCCUCGCAAGCGACCAUGGUUAGGAGAGAUACGAGCAAUCUUCACCACUGGAAACAAGGAUACGCCACCUUCUCUAUCUGGGCUUGGAAUCAUACAUACAAGAAGCAUCCUCGCGGCGCCUCUGAAAAGCGAUCUGUCCUAUAGAGAUGCGACUACGCUUAACAAUAUAAAGCUGUUCCAAAGCAAAACACGAGAAACAAAUUGGGGCUAUGGUUUCCAUAACUUGUGUUGGCAGCUAUUUUUUGCGAGGCUUUCACGCACAGAUAACCUUGACGAUGCAUUGAACUGUAUCUUCGAUCUACUUUACACGACUUCUUGUCCCUCUUUUUCGUGCUUUGAUUUUGGUCAUGACUACAAAGGGGCGGCCGCCACCCAUAAACCUACCGGGCGUCCAUUGCCUAUUGACAUGUCUUCGCCUUUAUUCGCAGAUCCUUAUACAAUACCUUCACUGGAUGAUUUGGAAAGCCAUGCUUCGAAAGUACUUUCUACAAAUUGCUCAGCGAAGAAUGCCGUGCUUGAACCUACCUCAAACGGCCUCGGUCAUCUCCUGGGAAGACUCCCUCUCGAGCUAUUGUACAAGGUACUAUCAUAUCUACGUCUGACACAAGUUGCGCAUUUAAGACUAGUUAAUCGGCACUUCGCUCUGGUCGCUAGACGUGAAACUCUCCCACAUUCAUUCUGGAGGAGUCGGUUCACAGUCAGCGGAGAACAAGGGUUUCUGUGUCCAGAUCUUUCAGUUAGACGUGAUUGGUAUCGACUCUUCCUUGGCACAAGAUUCUGUUUGCAGGCUAAGAACGCACCCCUAAUUAACCGGCGGCGAAUAUGGACACUCCUGGGCUCUUUCGACUCCCUUGUUGAACGUUAUAGAAAUCAGAGACUGCUUGGUUCCGAAAUCUAUAACGAAACGGACAAUAAGUGGACUCAAAGACUCAGCACCUUAUCUUCAGGUGGCCUAUCUGAAAGUUUUCAAGGGGUCCACUCUCUUUGUGCGAGAUUAUCCUAUGAUAGCAAUCAGUUGACCGACGGAUGCCGCGUGCAACAAUUUCGACUCGUGGAAUUUCCACGUCGCUUCUCAAAAGACGGUGGGAACAUCAGGGUUUCUACAGUCCACAUUGGUACACGUUGUUAUAUUUCAGGGAUUGAAUUUCAAGACGCACAAGUUUCGCGCACCAAAUUAUCUUCUAUGGGGUUCCUUACAGCCAAUGCAGAAUCGAUUCACAUCCCACCAAGUGCAAAAAUUAAAACAGUCGAGGUUGCAUUUCGUGCAACGGGCCUAGUCGGAAUUCAGUUACACUUCAUUGAACAUGAGCCAUCCCACUGGAUCGGACAGAAUGAGGGCAAAGGUGUCGUGUACGGCUCAUUAGUUGUUCCUGAGAACUCGGCGACUUUUCAUAUGGUCGCUGGUCUAGACGUAUACAAAAUUGUCGCUCUUAGUCUGGUUCAACGGGCUACUAUGACUCUCUCCGAUGAUCAUGACGCUCUGUUUGACAGUACGUCGGACUUAAUCCAAUCGCACCUUUGGACACCACGAAUUCCUAUAUACGCUGGUCUGGUGCUUAGUUCUCUGGAACCCCAACAGACGGGAUCUACGUUCGAGCCGUUGAUUAACAUCGAUUUUGGCGGGUUGCGAGGCAAAUUGCUAUCAUCCUUGACAAGGAUGGUGAUAUACAUGGUUGGUGACUACAGUCCAAUUAUCGGUGUACGAUUCUUCUAUACCGAUAAAAGCGUUGAGUUUGGAAACAGUGGCGGGGUUGCCCUAUCAUUUUUGAUCGAUGGUCCAAACGGUGAACGCAUCAGCGAUAUCGAGAUGACAGUAGGCGAUCUCCAGGAUGGAAUAGGUGGAAUAGGUAGUCUAAAGGUAUCAACAAAUCGCGGUCGUCAAAUGUUGUUUACUGGUCUCCGUCGCCGGUCUGAGUUAUUUUCGAGGGAAAAGCUACGUCCAGAACUGCCAAGAGGCAUUGUCACGACAGGCUUGAUAGCUACAACCACGCAAUUUCGAUAUAAAACUUAUUUUUCCAGGAUUGGUCUUCAAGGACAGCCAAGCGACGAAGGCUAUCAUCAAAGAUCUAGACGCUCUGUCGACCAUGCUCAUAACCUGUCGGAAAGUCAGGCCUCGUACGAUAAGGAACUUGCAUUCUGUAUGCGGACGAAAGGCCAAUCGGUGUAUGGCACCUAUGCGUCACUAAUAGGAGUUCGAAGGGUCCAAGUAUCGACCCGUUCUUCUGAAGAAUCCCAACUCCCAUCUUCUAUAUGCGGUUUGAGGUUUGAUUACCAUGACUGGUACAACAGCUCGACUAUCAUCGGCCAAUGGAUGAACGAAGGUGAUGCUAUGGACUUUUCUCGGGACGAAGAAGUACGCAGUGUGACCAUAUGGAUGAGAAUGGUGGACCGCAGGUCAACCAAUGUCGGCCAGGGUCGAGUGACUGCCAUCAAGAUCGAUACAACGCGCAAUCGAAGUAAGACGUUUCUCUGUGGCUCUUCAAACGGAUGUAUGCGGCAUCAUUAUCAAUCAGGAACACACGAAUAUCUUAACGGACUUACAUGGCUUUUGAGUUCAUCAUUCGAUCUGGUUCGGGCUAUUAGCGUUAUGAAAGAUACAUUUGGCUCUUCCCGGCUUUUAUUAUUGCCUUCGCAGAUAUCGCCGGUUGACCAAGUCCAAAAGCUUUUCUUCCAUACCGCUUCUACUGACGAAUUAGGGCCAGUGACUAGUAUCACAGCUUAUUUUCAAGAACGAGUCAUAAUAGGACUUGCUUUUAGCUAUAAGUCAAAGAAGACGGGUAUUAUUGGGUCUCCUGCAGACAGCCACCAGUGUGUUAACGUGAAUGACGGAAGCCGGGUCGUUCGCUUCUCUGUGACCAUCAGUGGGUAUAGUGUCACAGAAAUCGAGGUAUGAUGUCAGGCUCCAUCCUCUCCACAACUCACUUACUGACCCAGGGCGCAGUUUCUGCUUGAGUCAGGAGGAGAAAAUGCAUCACCGGCAUUGUCGACAAGCCGGUUCACUGUGCCGUUUGGUGAUACGGAUUCAAAUAGUCCGACCACAAAAUCUGGUCAACGGAGAACAUGGUGCAUAUCCGAUGAGUAUGCGUCAGAGGUAUUACGCACGGCUACAAAUGAAGAA